GCCCCAGCCCCGCUGAGCAGCCCCGGGCGUGUUGCGACCGGCCGGAGGGCGUGAGCCAGGAGGCGCGGCGAGCCCCGCAGCCGGCGACCAGAGAGCGAGCGAGUGAGCGAGCGAACCCCGGAGCAAGCUCAGGGAGCAGACACCAUGCCGGGCUGGAAGAAGAACAUCCCCAUCUGCUUGCAGGCGGAGGAGCAGGAGAGAGAUGAGAGUCCCUACACUAAAUCUGCCAGCCAGACAAAGCCGCCCGAUGGAGCAUUGGCUGUGAGGAGACUGAGCAUCCCAGAGGAAUUCAAGGGCUCCACCGUGGUGGAGCUGAUGAAGAAGGAAGGCACCACCCUCGGCUUGACGGUAUCAGGAGGAAUCGACAAAGAUGGCAAACCGAGAGUGUCCAACCUGCGGCAGGGAGGAAUUGCUGCCAGAAGUGACCAGCUGGAUGUGGGUGACUACAUCAAAGCAGUGAAUGGGAUCAACCUGGCCAAAUUCCGCCACGACGAGAUCAUCAGCUUGCUGAAAAAUGUUGGGGAGAGAGUGGUCCUGGAGGUCGAGUAUGAGCUGCCACCAGUCUCUGUGCAAGGAUCGAGUGUUAUGUUCCGGACCGUGGAGGUCACUUUGCACAAAGAAGGCAACACUUUUGGUUUUGUAAUACGAGGGGGAGCUCAUGAUGACAGAAAUAAGUCUCGUCCGGUUGUGAUAACCUGUGUCCGUCCUGGCGGGCCUGCUGACAGAGAGGGCACCAUCAAGCCUGGAGACAGGUUGCUCAGUGUGGAUGGAAUUCGGCUUCUUGGAAGCACCCAUGCUGAGGCCAUGAGUAUUCUUAAACAGUGUGGACAAGAAGCAACGCUGCUGAUAGAAUACGAUGUCUCCGUCAUGGAUUCUGUGGCAACAGCAUCCGGGCCCCUACUAGUCGAAGUUGCCAAAACUCCUGGUGCCAGCCUUGGGGUUGCGCUAACUACCUCAGUGUGCUGUAACAAACAGGUCAUCGUCAUAGACAAAAUCAAAUCUGCAAGUAUUGCAGACAGAUGUGGGGCGCUGCACGUAGGAGACCACAUUCUCUCCAUCGACGGCAUAAGCAUGGAGUGCUGUACCCUCGCCGAAGCCACCCAGUUCCUGGCCAACACCACCGACCAGGUGAAGCUGGAGAUUCUCCCGCACCAUCAGACCCGCCUGGCCCUGAAGGGACCUGACCAUGUGAAAAUUCAAAGGAGCAACAGACAACUUCCUUGGGAAUCCUGGGCCAGCAACCCGUGCAGCCUUCACACCAACCAUCACCAUAACUCGUACCACCCAGACCAUUGCAGAGUGCCAGCCCUGACUUUCCCGAAAGCGCCUCCUCCAAACAGUCCUCCCGCAAUGGUGUCCUCGUCCUCCCCUACCUCCAUGAGCGCAUACAGCCUGAGUUCCCUGAACAUGGGGACUUUACCUCGAAGCCUCUACUCCACCAGCCCACGAGGAACCAUGAUGAGGAGGAGACUGAAAAAGAAGGACUUCAAGAGCUCAUUGUCUUUAGCCUCUAGCACUGUGGGAUUGGCUGGACAGGUUGUUCACACAGAAACCACGGAGGUGGUCCUGACAGCUGAUCCUGUCACGGGCUUUGGACUCCAACUGCAGGGCAGCGUGUUUGCCACGGAGACGCUCUCCUCCCCGCCUCUGAUUUCCUAUAUUGAAGCUGACAGCCCAGCAGAGAGAUGUGGGGUGCUUCAGAUUGGAGACAGAGUAAUGGCCAUUAAUGGAAUCCCAACCGAAGACAGCACCUUCGAGGAAGCCAAUCAGCUCCUGCGAGACUCUUCCAUUACAAGCAAAGUCACACUGGAGAUUGAAUUUGAUGUUGCAGAGUCUGUCAUCCCAAGUAGUGGAACAUUUCACGUAAAACUGCCGAAGAAGCACAGCGUGGAACUGGGAAUAACCAUCAGCUCACCAUCCAGUAGAAAACCUGGGGACCCUCUUGUCAUUUCAGAUAUCAAGAAAGGCAGCGUGGCACACAGAACCGGAACUCUGGAACUCGGGGAUAAACUGCUCGCAAUAGAUAACAUCCGGCUGGACAACUGUUCCAUGGAGGACGCAGUCCAGAUCCUCCAGCAGUGUGAAGAUCUGGUGAAGCUCAAAAUCCGCAAAGAUGAAGAUAACUCAGAUGAGCAAGAAAGUUCCGGAGCGAUUAUUUAUACGGUGGAAUUGAAGCGCUAUGGGGGGCCCCUGGGCAUCACAAUUUCAGGAACUGAAGAACCGUUUGAUCCUAUAAUCAUCUCAAGCCUCACUAAAGGGGGAUUAGCUGAAAGGACUGGAGCAAUUCAUAUCGGAGAUCGAAUCUUAGCCAUCAACAGCAGCAGCUUGAAGGGGAAGCCUCUGAGUGAAGCCAUCCACUUGCUCCAGAUGGCAGGAGAGACUGUCACCCUGAAAAUCAAGAAACAGACAGAUGCCCAACCAGCAUCAAGUCCCAAGAAGUUCCCCAUCCCCAGCCACUCGAGUGACCUGGGAGACGGUGAAGAGGACUCCUCCACGAUACAGAAGCCUAGCAAGCUCUCUGACGUGUACCCUUCCACGGUGCCCAGCGUGGACAGUGCUGUGGAUUCCUGGGAUGGGUCUGGAAUCGAUGCCAGCUAUGGGAGUCAAGGUACCACUUUUCAGACUUCAGGAUACAAUUUCAACACCUAUGAUUGGAGGAGUCCAAAACAAAGAGGCAGUCUGUCCCCGGUCCCCAAGCCUCGAAGCCAGACUUACCCAGAUGUGGGGCUGAGUAGCGAAGACUGGGAUCGGUCCACGGCCAGCGGCUUCGCAGGGGCCUCAGACAGUGCAGAGGCUGAACAAGAGGAAAACUUCUGGUCUCAAGCACUGGAGGACCUGGAGACCUGUGGCCAAUCGGGGAUCCUGAGAGAACUUGAGGAGAAAGCUGACAGGCGUGUGUCAUUGAGAAACAUGACUCUCUUGGCAACAAUCAUGUCGGGGAGCACCAUGAGUUUGAAUCAUGAGGCUCCAACGGCCCGCACUCAGCUGGGGCGGCAGGCCAGCUUCCAGGAACGGAGCAGCUCACGGCCACACUACAGCCAAACGACUCGCAGCAACACUCUGCCUUCAGAUGUGGGCAGGAAGUCAGUAACCCUGAGGAAAAUGAAGCAAGAAAUUAAGGAGAUCAUGUCCCCAACUCCUGUGGAGCUUCACAAGGUGACCUUAUACAAGGACUCUGGCAUGGAGGACUUUGGGUUCAGCGUGGCAGAUGGCCUGCUGGAGAAAGGAGUGUAUGUCAAGAAUAUCCGCCCAGCUGGGCCAGGGGAUCUUGGUGGCCUGAAGCCCUAUGACAGGCUCUUACAGGUUAACCACGUCCGGACGAGAGACUUUGACUGCUGCCUGGUCGUGCCGCUCAUAGCCGAAUCUGGCAACAAGCUGGACCUGGUCAUUAGCAGAAACCCACUGGCCUCCCAGAAGUCAAUAGAACAGCAGGCUCUGCCGGGAGACUGGAGUGGACAGAACAGCGCUUUCUUCCCACAGCCCAGCCACGGUGGUAAUCUAGAGACCCGAGAACCCACUAACACAUUAUAGCAACACCUUCACAAAGCAGGACAAAGACAAUAUCUACAUGGUGCUAAAAAUCCCUUUAAGAUUUCUGUGACAGCUGAGGCACAGAGAGUCGCGUGGCAUUAACUGCAAGCACAGGGGUCUUUUAAAUGUCCCUCAUGGCUCAUGUUCACAUCCUUUCCCGACCUGAAGAGGUCUCUUUUACCAUGGCCGCUCCAGUAACUGGCAGGCCCUUCUCUGACAGGCCCAAUGGUAGAGAAUCAAAAGGAAGCAGCCCGCCCCCUUCCCACGACUUAAGAUGGAGGAAACAUUUUUACAGUUCAUCUUCCUGUCACUUUUUACAGAAACAUCCGUUUGACAAUAUUCUCUAUGAUAAUUUCCCUGAGGAUGCGUUUCUUACUCUACAGCCAUUAACGUAAGAACAGAAGCAAUGUGGAUUCACAUAGAGCUGGCUCUGCUAGGGGAGCAGAUGGGUCAACCGCUAGGCCUGCCACAGUGGGAGGGGCAUGGGUAUAGCAUUAGGUUUUCUUAAAACGUUUCCGCAACGAUGCACGCAGGAGAUCAUAAUAGGUGGUGGUAAAUGUAGGAAUGAUUUUAACUAAGAUGUAUGCUACUCCCUAUGCAACGGAUGAUCAAACAGGAUAUGUCUUGUGACCUGUUUUUUUCCCCCUUUAAGACACAUUUUUUUAAAUAGUUGAAACUCUCUGAUAAUGAAUUAGAAUGUGUAGUAACUCGGAGAAUUAGUGAUAUGAUCCUAUUUUUAAAAUCCCAAGACUAAAGAAUUUAAGAAUGAAUGAAGAGUUUAAUGAAAUGAGGUUCACUUUAUGGGUAGGCCACUAGAACUCAUCUAGCUCAUGUUUGCAGAUCAGCACACCGAGGGUGCACAGCACACGUACUUAACGACACGGGGCUACCUUUUGUUCUGAGCCAUGCCACUUGCUGAACUUGUAAAUACAUCUUCACAAAAUCUCAUUGCCAAUCACCCUCCCCAAAGCAAUAAAAUAACUGUGACAGUUGCUUUAAUGUUUGUUGGCAACUGUUGUCAUUUGUUCAGAUAUUUUGAAUAGCUAUACUAAUAACUGUUAUUUGGUAAAUAUUAAAAAUAUAGAGAUCUGUAUAUUGAUGGUAGAAUAUCAAAGCAAUUAUUUUCCACACAUGUUCAUUUUGGUCACUAAUACACCCACACAGACAAAGCAUCCAAACACUGUGUCCUUUGUUUAAGGAAAAUUAUUCAUCUUUUUCUGUGCAAAGAAACAUAUGAUUUCAAACACAUUUCAGAACUGCCAGGGCAAGAAAGUAUAGAACAGAAUCCUGUUAAGGAAAAAAAAAAUAAAAAAAGAUCAUGAGUCACUUAAAUAUGUAUUUUUGUUUGUAACAAACAAGUAUUAAACUGUAAAGUAUUUUUGUACAAAUUUAAUACUUUAAUAGCAUGGUAUUUAUCGUCUAUGUAUGGUUUUGGGAAAUUCAAAAUUGUUGCAAAUAUUUGUAUGAAAAAAAAUCCUCUACCAAAUGGAAUAAACAGUGAUUUUAAAAAGCCAAAAUAAAAAAAAAAAUGAGCUGCAUUUU